AUGGCCGCGACGAGCGGCGGGGAGUUGCAGUGGCUCUCGCGGGCGCUCACCAUGCCGCCGGAUUGGCUCCCUGGGGAGGAGGGCGGGGAGACCUCUAUGGAUGAGACUGAGCGCGUGCCCUCGUCGCUCAAGCAGGACAUCGGCCCCAUCCUCAGCGCCGCCAAAGAGAUUGAGGAUACUAACCACCGCGUCGCGUACCUCUGCCGGUUCUUGGCGUUCCAACGGGCGCACACUUUGGAUCCAAACUCAACUGGACGUGGAGUUCGGCAAUUCAAAACGUAUCUUAUACACAGGCUGGAAAAGGAUGAGCCAAAGAUAGAGCGCAAGCUUGCAUCAACUGAUUCAAAAGAGAUUAUGAGGUUCUAUGAGGAGUAUAAAAGCAAAUAUCGUCCAGAGGAUCUUAAAAAAAACCCGGAGGAGAUGGCCAGACACUACGAGAUUGCGUCCGUUCUAUUGGAUGUGCUAAAAGCUGUGACACCUAAAAGAUAUGACCCUGAGUCUGAUGAGUAUGCUAAAGGUCUUGGAAAGGACAAAGCUUCAUUUCCAUACAACAUUCUACCCCUUAAUAUUUCUAACCCAACACAGCCAGUAAUGGAAAUUCCUGAGAUUAAAGCAGCAGUGGAGCUUCUUCGCAAUAUAGACAACCUUCCUAAGCCAAGGACUCACCCAACUUCUGCGUCUGAAGAGAUGGAUGGACCUAUUGUUGGCGAUUUGUUUGAUUGGCUCUGGCAAACUUUUGGAUUUCAGAAAAGUAAUGUGGAGAAUCAGAAGGAGCAUUUGAUUUUGCUACUUGCAAAUAUUGAUAUGAGAAAAGGGGGUAAUACCCGCAGAAGUGAAAUACAGAAUCACGUGAUACAUAGUGAUAUCGUGACAUCCUUGACUAGGAAAAUUUUCCAAAAUUACAUCUCUUGGUGCCAAUAUCUACAGUUGGAGUCAAACAUCAAAAUUCCACAUGGCUGCUCCACGCAGCAACCAGAGAUUCUUUACAUAGGGUUGUAUUUGUUGAUUUGGGGUGAAGCUUCUAAUGUUCGCUUUAUGCCUGAGUGUCUUUGCUAUAUCUUCCAUUAUAUGGCAAGAGAUUUGUAUGGCAUCAUAUCUAACAGAAGGGAAGAUUCUUUUGACAUAUCCUUUCGACGAGAGGGGAUUGAUGAUGUAUUUCUACAGUUAAUUAUUCAACCCAUAUUCAAUGUUAUGCAGGAGGAAGCUGCAAUGAGUAAACGCGGUACAACGAGCCACUCAAAGUGGAGAAACUAUGAUGACCUGAACGAAUACUUUUGGUCGAAGAAAUGUUUCGAACAGCUUAAAUGGCCAAUGGAUCUGACAGCCGAUUUUUUUGUGGUUCCUACGAAAUCUAAAAAUGAAACAGAGAAACAUGCUAAUGAUGUUCGCAGAUGGAGGAUACCCAAAACCAAUUUUGUUGAGCAUCGUAGUUUUUUUCUCCUAUUGAGAAGUUUUGAUCGAAUGUGGACUUUCUUUAUAUUAGCUUUCCAGGCCAUGGUAAUCAUUGCCUGGAACCCUUCUGGAUCUCUAUAUACUAUUUUUGAACCAACUGUUUUCAGAAAUGUUGUGACAAUAUUCAUAACAUAUGCAUUUCUUAACUUCCUUCAAGCCACGUUUGAGAUAAUUCUUAACUGGAAGGCUUGGAAGAGUCUGGAGUGCUCAGAGAUAGUGCGAUAUAUCCUGAAAUUUGUUAUAGCUCUUGCUUGGUUGAUAAUUCUUCCAACAACAUACAUAAGUUCUAUUCAAAAUCCCACAGGCCUUGUCAAGUUCUUCGGCAGUUGGAUUGGAAAUUCGCAGAGUGAAUCUAUAUAUAAUUUUGCAGUUGCUCUUUACAUGUUACCGAACAUAUUCAAUGCCUUGUUUUUUAUAUUUCUACCAUUUCGAAGGGCAUUGGAGCGCUCAAAUUCUCGCAUUGUUAGGUUUCUUUUGUGGUGGUCUCAGCCAAAGUUAUAUGUUGCCCGAGGCAUGUACGAGGACACAUGUUCACUUCUUAAGUACAUAUUAUUCUGGACUAUAUUGCUCAUAUGCAAGCUCGCCUUCAGCUUUUAUGUUGAGAUUUCUCCUCUUGUUGGACCUACCAGGAAAAUUAUGCUUCUGGGACAGGGGCCUUACGAGCAUGGGUUCUUUCCAUACUUGCAGCAUAAUUUAGGUGUUGUAAUCACUGUAUGGGUACCGAGUGCCAUGGUAUACUUCAUGGACACACAAAUAUGGUAUGUCCUUUUUUCCACAAUAUGUGGUGGAUUGAGUGGUGCCUUGAGCGGCUUGGGUGAGAUCCGGACUCCUCGGAUGUUAAGAUCUAGAUUUCAGGCAAUUCCAAAAGCUUUUGUAGAAAAUCUUGUGCCUAAACAUGAUAGUCAACCAAACAGGAGUGAGCGUGAGGAUGGAAAAAAAAAUCACAUUGAUGAGUUCUCCGACAUAUGGAAUGCAUUUAUUAUCUCCUUGCGAGAUGAAGACUUAAUAAGCAAUAGAGAGAGAAAUUUACUGAUGGCUCCGUCAUCUACGGCUAUGGGUGAGACUACUGUUUUUCAGUGGCCCCCUUUCCUUCUUGCUAGUAAGAUCCCACUUGCACUUGAGAUGGCAAAGAGGGCCAAGAAAAAUGAUGAAGAAUUGACAAAGAGAAUAAGCGAGGAUCCAUAUACUUAUUGUGCUGUAAUAGAAUGCUACGAGACAUUAUUAAAUAUUCUGUACAGCCUUAUAAAUCAACCGAGUGAUAAGAAAGUCAUUGAUCAAAUAAGCGAUUGCAUUAAACAUAGCAUACUCCGUCAGUCGGUUGUUAAUGACUUCUGUCUGGAAGAACUUCCUCGACUAAGUGCUAAGUUUGAUAUGUUGCUAGAUAUAUUGAGGUGGUAUCAUGAAGGCAUGGAGGGACAGAUUGCCAUUCAGUUACAAGAUAUAAUGGAAAUGAUCACACAUGAUAUUAUAAAGAAUGGGCAAGGUAUUUUGAAGGAUGAAACCAUACGCAAUGAACACUUUGCACAUAUAAAUCUGGACUCAGUAAAGGGUAGAGCAUGGAGUGAGAAGUGUGCUAGGCUUCAAUUGUUGUUGACAACAAAGGAAUCUGCAAUAUAUGUACCAACGAACUUCGAAGCUCAGCGCAGGAUCACAUUCUUUGCAAACUCAUUUUUCAUGAAAAUGCCAAGGGCUCCACAGGUCCGCAGCAUGAUGUCCUUCAGUGUUUUAACUCCAUACUUCGCAGAGGAGGUGCUCUUUUCAGAAAAGGAUCUGUAUAAAAAGAAUGAGGAUGGAAUAUCCAUAUUGUUCUAUCUACGGAAAAUAUAUCCAGAUGAAUGGAUAAAUUUUCUUGAGCGGAUAGAUUUUAAUCGAAAGGACGAAGAAUCACUUAAAUCAAACAUUGACGAAAUCUGUCCCUGGGCAUCUUACAGGGGACAAACACUUAUCAGAACAGUGAGAGGGAUGAUGUACUAUCGAAGAGCACUUGAGAUUCAAUGUAUUCAAGAUAAAGCCGAUCUUGAUAAACUGGACCAUGAUGAAAUAGUAAAAUCCUCUCGAGAGGCAAGGGCCAUUGCUGAUAUCAAAUUCACCUAUGUUGUCUCUUGUCAAGCAUAUGGCAUGCAGAGAAUUUCCAAGGAUCAUAAAGAUAGAGAUUGCUAUUUGAAAAUCCUUAAUCUCAUGACAACGUACCCAUCUUUGCGUGUUGCUUACAUCGAUGAGGUAGAAGCUCCGACUGAUAAUGGGAUGACAAAGACUUAUUAUUCUGUUCUUGUCAAAGGAGCAGGUCGCAAAUAUGACCAGGAAAUUUACCGCAUCAAGCUUCCAGGGGAACCUACAAAUAUUGGAGAGCGAAAACCUGAAAACCAAAAUCAUGCUAUCAUUUUCACCAGGGGAGAAGCACUCCAGGCCAUUGAUAUGAAUCAGGAUAAUUACCUCGAAGAGGCAUUUAAAAUGAGAAAUUUGCUGGAGGAGUUUGAGAGUGAAAAGUAUGGAAAGAACAAACCCACUAUAUUAGGCCUUCGUGAGCAUAUUUUUACUGGGAGUGUUUCAUCACUUGCUCGGUUUAUGUCCAUCCAAGAUACCAGUUUUGUUACCAUUGGACAACGAAUUCUGGCUAAUGUUCUCAAGGUUCGGUUCCAUUACGGUCAUUCUGAUAUUUUUGAUAGACUCUUCCAUAUUACUCGGGGUGGCAUAAGUAAAGCCUCAAAGACUAUAAAUCUAAGUGAAGGUAUAUUUUCAGGUUUUAACUCAAUAAUGAGAGGAGGGAAUGUCACACAUCAUGAGUAUAUGCAAGUAGGUAAAGGGCGUGAUGUGGGAAUGAAUCAGAUUUCAAGCUUCGAAGCUAAUGUGGCCAAUGGCAACGGUGAACAAACAUUGAGUCGUGACAUCUAUAGGCUUGGGCACAGAUUUGACUUCUAUAGAAUGCUAUCUGUUUACUUUACUACAGUUGGGUUUUACUUCAAUAGCAUGGUUUCUGUACUUACAGUUUAUGUAUUUUUGUAUGGGAGAUUAUAUCUAGUUAUAAGUGGUCUGGAAAAGUCUAUUUUGCUGGAUCAACAUACUCAGGAGAACAUCAAGCCUCUUGAAAGAGCAUUGGCUUCAGAGUCUUUUUUCCAGCUAGGUUUGCUGCUUGUCCUCCCUAUGUUCAUGGAAGCUGGCCUAGAGAAGGGUUUCAGCACAGCGUUAGGAGAGUUUGUUAUUAUGCAGCUUCAGUUGGCCUCUGUGUUCUUCACAUUCCAGCUUGGCACCAAAACCCACUACUAUGCUAGAACAAUACUCCAUGGUGGAGCUAAAUACAGACCUACAAGCAGUGGAUUUGUUGUGUGCCAUACAAAAUUUGCUGAAAAUUACCGCAUGUACUCCCGUAGCCACUUUUUUAAAGGUCUGGAACUGUUGAUACUUCUGGUUGUGUAUCUAGCAUAUGGGAGUACCUACGACAGCUCAAGCUUGUACCUAUUUCUCACGUUCUCCAUAUGGUUGCUGGUUGUGUCUUGGCUCUUUGCACCAUUUAUCUUCAAUCCAUCAUGUUUUGAGUGGCAGAAGAUAGUUGAUGACUGGGCAGAUUGGAAGAAGUGGAUGGGGAACCGAGGUAUUGCCGUGUCUGUGGAUCAAAGCUGGGAGGUUUGGUGGGAAAGUGAGCAGGAACACCUCAGGAAGACUAGCAUUCAUGCUCUAGUCUUGGAAAUCAUCCUUUCGCUUCGUUUCUUGAUCUACCAGUGUGGUAUUGUGUACUAUCUGAACAUAGCACACCCCGGCGAAAGCAUUCUGGUAUAUGCAUCGUGGCUGGUAAUGCUGUUGGUUCUAGUUGUUCUAAAGAUGGAUUCGACUGCACAACAGAAAUUUAGGACAGACCUGCAGCUCAUGUUCCGCAUUUUAAAGGCCCUUGUCUUCCUUGGUUCUGUCAUUGCAAUGGCUGUCCUAUUCGUUGUUGGUAACCUCACAAUUUCUGAUGUCUUCGUUAGUAUUCUUGGGUUCGUGCCUACUGGUUGGUGUAUUCUUUUGAUCGGGCAAGCAUGCUCGCCAUUGCUGAAGAGGACUAUGCUGUGGGACUCCAUCAUGGAACUCGGGAGGGCUUACGACAACAUGAUGGGUCUCGUCCUCUUCUUGCCCAUCGUCCUCUUGUCAUGGUUCCCCUCCGUGUCAGAGUUCCAGACACGUUUGCUCUUCAACCCAGGCUUCAUCCAGGGCCUCCAGAUCUCCAGGAUCCUCGCCGGUCAGCGGGACAUUGGGGACAUUGAAUGAUCGGUUUCUUCUACUUUCCUCCUGUGAGCCCUUGGACUGCAAAGUGUGAAUGCGCGAUAUUUGUUCAUCGAUUUUUGGGGCCAGUACAUUGAUGGGACAUAUUAGUUUGGACGUGGAAUUAGUUGGUGCA